GGCUGCGCCGCGACGGCCGGAAGCGCUGCCCGCGAGGCGGAAGCAGAGGGUGCCGGCAGGAGAGGAAGAAAAAAAAAUGUCUCAAAAGCAGAUGAAGGAAGCGUUUGUCAGUAACCUCAAUGGAACCAGUGUGCUGGAAGUGACUCAGGGCUUGUGCUUUCCUGCAUGGUGUAUCCUGUGCAGAGGCCUUCUGAUCAUUCUCUCACAGCACUUGUGCUCUUUCUCACACACCUGGAGCACACGAUUCUUCCUGGACUUCGCUGUCCUUAUAGUCCCCCUAGUGAUCACUUUUACUGUGUUGUCCUCGUUCAUCCUCCUUGGAAGUCUCACUGUAAUUGCCUGUGUGGCCUGGUUGUUGUAUCAGAUAUACCAGAGGAGGACUUGCUAUGCCAAAGUACCUAUCCAGAAAGUCUUUGCAAACUUCCUGAAACUCAGCCUAGAGUCAGAGUACAAUCCAGCCAUUACCUAUUACCGGGUCACCAUCAGUGUGUUUACUGCCAUUGCCAUUUUGGCUGUGGAUUUCCCACUUUUCCCUAGAAGAUUUGCCAAGACUGAGCUUUAUGGGACAGGAGCAAUGGAUUUUGGAGUAGGUGGCUUUAUUUUUGGGGCUGCAAUGGUUUGUCCGGAGGGUAGAAGGAAAUAUAUAGAAGGGUCUAGAUUUAAUUAUCUUAGAAGAUCGCUGUAUUCUGUCUGGCCAUUAGUCUUCUUAGGAAUGGGACGGUUAGUCGUUAUAAAAUCCAUAGGAUACCAGGAACAUUUAACUGAGUAUGGAGUUCACUGGAAUUUUUUCUUUACCAUCAUAGUUGUGAGAUUAAUAACAUCACUACUUUUGACUAUGUUUCCUUUAAAUAAGUCCUGGAUUGUGGCUGUCAGCAUUAUUGUGGUAUACCAGCUAGCCCUUGACUUUACUCCACUUAAGAGGAUAAUUUUGAAUGGCACCGAUGGUAGCGGCACAAGAGUUGGCUUAUUAAAUGCCAACCGAGAGGGAAUAAUUUCUACUUUGGGCUAUGUGACAAUACACAUGGCUGGUGUGCAAACAGGGUUGUAUGUGCUUAAGAACAGAGUAUGUAUCAGAGACUGGAUAAAAGUUACUUGCUGGGUUUUCUCAGCGGCUGUUAGCAUCUUCAUCUCUCUUUAUAUAGUUCAAGUAAAUAUAGAAGCAGUAUCUCGAAGAAUGGCCAAUUUAGCCUUUUGUCUGUGGGUGGUUGCUUCCAGCCUGAUGCUUCUUAGUUGUCUGUUACUGAGUGAUAUAAUUUUGAGUUUUGCCAAAUUUCUAAUUAAAGGGGCUCUAGUACCAUGUUCUUGGAAACUUAUACAGUUCCCUACUACAAAUAAAAAGCAUUCUGAAUCUCUAAUCCUAGAAGCUGAACAGAAAAAACCCAGUCUUUGUUUAAUCAAAGCUCUGAACAGAAACCAGCUUUUUUUUUUCUUAAUGUCAAAUAUAACAACUGGUCUGAUUAACCUGAUGAUAGAUACAUUACAUAGCGGUGCUUUGUGGACCUUAGUUGUACUGGUUAUUUAUAUGUUUAUGAACUGUUUACUUGUAUAUGUACUUGAUUUACAAGGUAAAACCAUAAAGUUUUGGUGACAAAUGGGUAGGGAGUAAGUAUUUGAAGAGCCUUGUUUUAGUGGAGAAGAUAAGUGUGAAGGAACUGUAUUCCUAGCAGCCCAGUCUUACCAGUAUUUUAUUAUUAAGCUUCAGUCCCGUAUGACAGACAUCAAACUUUACCUUUUUCAAGGAAGACUCUUGCUGUACCUGUACUUGGGUGUUUAAUACAUUUCAACAUUAUAAAACAAACCAACAAAAGUGCCACAAAGCUUUAAUCCCAUAACGUGGGCGGUAGAGACAGAUCUAUGUGAGUUUGAAGUCAGCCUGCUCUGCCUGUUGAGUUACAGGAUACCCAGGGCUAUGUAGAGACCCUCAGUGGGAAUAAAAAAGAGAGAGAAAGUCUUGUGACUCACUGGAACUUAUAAAAUGCCAGCAUCUUAAAGAACUCCUUCGCAGGGCCGUUGUCUGGAAGUCGCAGUGGCACUCCUACCUCAGCCUGGAGCUGGGAUUUCAGGCAUGACACACCACACCCACUUGUCGAUAGUUUUGAAAUUGGAAAGCGGAGGGUGGCGCUGUAUCUGUGAUUGUUUCUGGGAAUAUGUGAUAUGAUCAUAAUGUUUGUGUUAUGUGACAUUACAUUAACAUGAAUUAUCAGUUAAAAGUU